CCGCCAUGCCGAGCCUUCGCAGAGCCCUCAUCAUCGUCACCUCGUUCGCGACUGUUCUCGGGCUUUACGCGUGCUACUUGUCUUCAUUCAGCUCCUCUGGCUCUCCCAAAUCAUUCGGAACACCUCUAGACCCCGACGCCUUCAAGAACGCACCCCUUGACUCCUUGCGUUCCGACUCCGACUCUGCUGAACUUGACAUCACCGACAUGGCCUAUCUCGCCCCUCUGAAGACUUUGGUCGUGAACGCGACGGCGAAGCAUACCGCGACGGUGCUCUUCGUCCAUGGGCUGGGCGACUCUGGGUAUGGGUGGGAGCCGGUGGCGCAGAUGCUGGGCCGGGAGAAGAGCCUGGCGCAUGUGAAGUGGAUCUUGCCGCAUGCACCUGAACAGCCGGUUUCGGCGAACGGCGGGAUGGUUAUGCCGUCCUGGUUUGACAUCCGCUCCUUCUCCCUCAAUUCCGACGAAGACGAGCCCGGCAUGCUCCGCACCACGCACCUCCUCAACCAGCUCAUCACCGCCGAAGUGGAUUCCGGUAUUCCUCCAGCUAACAUCGUGCUGGGCGGCUUCAGCCAGGGCGGCGCGAUGACGCUGCUGACGGGGCUGACGACGGAGCGGAAGCUGGCGGGCCUGGCGGUGCUGAGCGGGUGGCUGCCGCUGGCGGGGAAGGUCAAGGCGAUGGUCUCUGACCACGCGAGGAAGGUGCCCAUCUUUUGGGGCCAUGGGACGGAGGAUCCGAUUGUGCGCUUUGAGAACUGCCAGAGAUCCGUCGCCUUCCUCAAAUCCGAGCUCAAGAUCGCGGAGGGUCCCGACGGCCUUAGCCUGAACGUCUACCCCAGCAUGCAGCACGCGACAUGCAACCAAGAGCUGAUUGCAUUGAAGGCGUGGCUGGAGAGGGUGUUGCCAGCACCGCAAGCUUGACUCGAUGACAGGAAUAAUAGACUCGGAAGGAUAUGUUGCAGGAAGGUACUUUUGUGAAGAGGUCUAAUUCAUUUGAGGCAAAGCUUCGCUCAGAUAGUUCGCUCUUUGGUAUCCUGCAAGUACAUUUGUAUAAGCACUUUUCAAGACCAGGGAUAUGAACUGUAUAUGAGGCAAAA